AUGUGGGCGCAGCAGCUGGUGAAGAAGGCAAACGCAAACCUAAUGACCAUUGUGAUUCUGUUCCGAGGAAGAUGUGGCCUCUCCAGAUGUACUGGCCGCUACCUGGUGUCCAUGGCAGUGGCGGAUUUGCUGGUCAUCAUCUUCUGUGUGAUCCUGAGCUACCUGGGAUCUCUUCACUUCCCCAUCUCCUUCCUCAACCACUACCACGUCUGCAGUCUGAACAGCAUCAUGAAUGCGGCAGUAGUGGACAGCUCAGUCUGGCUCACUGUCGCCUUCACCUUUGAUCGCUUUGUCAUUGUCUGUUGUCCCAAGUGGAAGGUCCGAUACUGCACGGAGAGAACAGCGGCCCAAGUAAUCCUGACCAUCUGCACAGUGAGCUACCUGAGAAAUAUCCCGCGUUACUUCACCUAUGAACCUGAUUAUCCAUAUGCUCCUUACAGAGGCUGCAGACUCCGUAAUGUGUGCAGCAAAUCCGUUUGGGCAGUAUACAUGUGGUCCAGCACAGUCUUAACUCCCAUCAUUCCCUACGUGUCCAUCUUACUGCUGAAUGCUCUGACUGUCAGAUACAUCCUGGUGGCCAGUCGUGUCCGCAAGGCACUCCGGGGACGAGGCCACAAUGGGAAGGAUGGAGACCCGGAGAUGGAGAAUCGAAGGAAGUCCACCAUCCUGCUCUUUGCCAUAUCAGCAAACUUACUGGCCAUCAUCAUUCUCUCCAGAGGAAAUUGUGGACUUUCCAAAUGUAUCUCGGUUUACAUGAUCACCAUGGCAACAGCAGACUUCCUGGUCAUAUUUUUCAAUGUCAUAGUAUAUCACAUUUUGAGUUAUCACUUUCCAGAUUCAUUUCUGUCCUACACUGUUGUUUGUAAGUUCAUCCUGUGUGUCAAUCCUGCCACAUUGGAUAUGUCUGUGUGGUUUACUGUUUUCUUCACAAUUGACCGUUUUGUAACUAUCUGUUGUCAGAAGUUUAAAUCAAACUAUUGCACAGUAAGAACUGCGACUUUCAUUAUGACCACAUUCUCUGCCCUGAUUUCUUUGGAGAACAUACCCUUCUGGUUUGCAUAUGACCCUGAACAAAUAAUUUCCAACAUUGCUUGGGGUUGUCAAUCCAAUGUGGCCUUUUACACAUCAACUGCAGGUGAGGCAUACUCCUGGAUGAAAAGUAUUUUAGUUGCAUGGCUGCCUUUUUGUUUGAUAUUACUGUUUAACUCUUUGACAAUCAGGCGUAUUUUAGUGACCAGCAGAGUCCGCAGGCAACUGCGGGGUCUCAGCAAUGAGAAUAGCACUGACCCAGAGAUGAAAACCAGAAGGAAAUCCAUAGUUUUACUGUUCAGUGUAUCAAGCAGUUUUCUCCUGUUGUGGCUAACAGCCAUCGUUAACUUUUUAACCAGUAAACUCACAACAACAGUGUAUUACCGAGGUGAUUAUACAGCUCCUACAUACGUUGCCACUGAAACUGGGUAUAUUCUUUUGUACUUGAGUUCCUGCACAAACACGUGUAUUUAUACAACAACACAGACCAAAUUCAGGGAAGAGAUGGAGAAGAUGAUGAAAUCUCCUUUCAUUUUGAUGUUGACUUUGUUUCAAAAAAGCAUUAAACCAAAACUUUCUUCCCAAGCUAAGUGA